AUGGGGUCUCCUGUGUCUUCAGUAGUUGCCGACAUCUUUAUGGAGGACUUCGAGGAGACAGCACUCUCAUUGGCUGCCGUCCAGCCGAAGAUAUUCAAAAGAUAUGGAGCUCAGAGGAUAUGUGACAACCAGAAUUUGGCCGCGGAGCUUCGACAUGCCAGGCAGGCGCUGUUGACGAAAAAGCUCAAGAUACUGCAUGUCAAGCAGAAGGCCUGUUUGAAGAUCCCUACAGUCGAGCGCCAGCUUGCUAUUUUGCCUUUUCUUAGAGGGGUCACAUAUAGGAUCAGUCACAUCUUGAAACGGACUUUCAUUAAAACUUAUUUGAAGCCCAUGAAGAAGAUGUCACAAUUCCUGAGGUCUAUGAAGUGUCAAACUCCUCUACAAAAUGCAGGAGGGUACAGGUUAGACUAUCUGCGUCCGCCGUCUAGCGACCGCACCUAA